UCUCAUCUCACAUGGCGCUCUGAUUUCUACGAAUCCUUUUCCUCGAAAUCGAGCAUUAGUUGUAUCUAAGUAAUAUCUUCAUCUGUUUGAUUUAUCAUUCAACAAGUAUAGCUGCAUUGUACCAAGAAUGAGGUCGAUUGAUACCUUUUUCUUGAUUGCCAAAUCGGCUGUAGCUAAAUUCAUUCUGAAGUUUUACUGGCCGGUUGUCGUUAAUCUCAGUCGAUAAAUCUGCUUACCGAACUUCAUAUAUUCUUUCAAAAUCGAUUUUUGAAUUUCAUUUCGUUUUUUGAUUGAUCUUUGAAAAAUCGCAGAAGAGUUGUUUGAUCGAAAAUGGCGUUUUAUUUUGUCCUUUUUAAUGAUCUCUUCUGUUAUAUAAAAAGAGCGAUCGCGUCACUUUCCAGGCAAUAUGCUUCGAACUCACCAGCUCUUUGCGUCUAACGGUGACUACAUUGUUAAUUAAUUAAAUCUCAGAGAUUAUAAGAUAUUGUUACUUUAUUUAACUACUAUAAUUGUUUUUCUGAUUUUUAUUUUGAUAAAAUACAAAAUAGUUUUAUGUUAUCUGUUAUUCGAUUAACAAUUAUGAAUUUAUUUUCAAUAACAAGAGUGACAAAGUCUUGCAAUAGAUUGUAAAUCGCUACACAAGUACUCUUAAAUCAUUUACGUAAUAAUGAUCUUGAAUUAAUACGAAUGAUAAUAAAUCUGAACUAAUAAUUGAAGUAGUUUGUAAAAUUAAGAAGCGAGAUAUUUGCUAUUUACGACUUCCUUCUGUGCAAUAGAUCUUCCAUCAAAGAAAAAACUUAAGGUACCAUGUCAUCUAUGAUUUCACGUUUCCACUGAAACAGAGAGAUCGAUAGAGGGGAAAGAAACAAAAAAUACAAAUCGAUUUUUUUGUGCUUGUCUGUUCGAUUGUUGCUAACGAAGAAGGUUGAUGAAGGAAGGGAUCGAGAAAUAGAGAUUAAGAGGAGAAUGAAGGAAAUCAUGUUAUAUGUUACUGUAUUCGUUUACUAUAAAAACAGUGUGAAAGCACAUGACCAAGCGUGUAAUUUAUUGUAAUUUGUUCUCUUUUUGUUUAUUAUAAAAACAGUAACAAAGCUGUGAAAGCACAUGGAUCAAGCGUGUGAUUUACUCAAUAGUCAAUGUUAUAUUUUACUAUAUUUGUUUGAAAGAGGCGGGCUAAUUAAAACUGGUUGACCUAGAGGCUUUGCCACUGGUUGACAGCUGUGAAUACCGCGAAACCAGAUCUAUGUCCUUAUAUAAAGCCUUUACUAUCACCGUUAAGUCAGUGUAAACGACAAAAUGUGUAUAUCAGUGUUUCUAUGGCAAGCUCAUCCACUCUACCCGUUUCUUCUAUUGCUCAAUCGAGAUGAAUAUCAUAUACGACCAACGGAGCCACUAUAUUGGUGGGAAGGUGGGAAAAUAUUGGGUGGCAGAGAUGUGACAGCCGACGGAACAUGGUUGGCCUCUAGCAGAGAAGGAAGGGUGGCUUUUGUUACUAACGUUCGUGAAUUGAACUCAAUAUCUGCUGCAAAGAGUAGAGGUGAUCUUCCAGUUCGUUUUUUGCAGAGCAAGAAAAACGCCAUGGAGUUUGCAGAAGAAAUUGCAAAGGAAGCAGAUGAAUACAAUGGAUUCAAUUUGAUAAUUGCUGAUCUUUUGUCCAUGAAUAUGGUUUAUGUAACCAACAGGCUGAAAGGAGAUAAGUGCUAUGUGACUUCAGUUUCACCUGGGGUCCAUGUCCUAUCAAAUGCAAGUCUAAACACUCCAUGGCCUAAGGCUCAAAGAUUGGAACAUGGUUUUAAAGAUGUUUUGGAUGAAUAUGGUGAAGGUGAAAUUCCAAUUACUAAGUUGAUUGAUAAACUUAUGAGAAACGUUGUAAAAGAUGACAUCAGCAUACUUCCCGGAAUCUAUGAUCUAGAUUUUGAGUAUGAGUUGAGUUCUGUAUUUGUUAAUCCAGUACCUCCAAAGGACUAUGGUACACGAAGUACUUCUGCAUUGGCUGUAAAAGCAAGUGGUGAAGUAUUCUUUUAUGAAAGGCAUCUUGAAAAUGGGUUAUGGAAAGAGAACACAGAAACAUAUAUGAUUGAGAAAAUGAAGUGAGGGUUAAUGUGUGAAGAAAUAUAAGUAUGUUGCUGUUAUGGGUAAAGAUAUGUUAGUAAGUACGUUGUUAUGGGUAAAAAAAAUAAAAAGUAACACAUGUUGCUAUUUCCUGCAACUUGUCUUAUUUUUUUUAAUAUUAUUUGGUAUGAAAGUUAUACUGUGUGCCUUGAACAAAAAGAAAUGAUCAAUUAUAAGUUGAUAUGUAUGUGAUCCUAUUUGUAAGAAAUAAUGAAUUUUGAGAAGUUUCUAUUA